AUGGCCGACCUGGAUGCGGAACUACUUGCUCUCGCUGGAGGCGACUCCUCCGGUGAAGAAAGCAUGCCAUCAUCCCCCAAACCAAAGUCACCUUCGCCACCACGCUCCAAGAAACAAACAAGAGAAUCGCCUUCCACAGACAUGGCUCGCAAGGGUGUCGCAAAGGCCGUCAAGCGCACUAAGCGUCGCAAGACAUACUCGGAUGAUGAGGAUGAAGUCUCUGUGCUGUCGCAACACUCGGAGUCUGCGUCCAUGUCACAGUCCGAUUCCGAAGCCAACUUCAGCUCCGGCGCAGACGACAAGCCCAUCUUCCCCUACGAAAAGCUCUACUAUGACGCCGAAGACAAGGCUAGGAUCGAAGCGAAACCGGAAAUUGAACGUGAGGAGAUCCUAGCGCAGCGCAGCGAACAGGUGGAGCGCCAUGAACAAGAUCUCACUCUUCGCCGCCUUGUCGCCUCUCGCGCUCGUGAGGAGGCAAAGAACGCCGCGAAGAACAAGCGCAAGGCUAGUGCUGCGGAACUGGAGGACACCCAGCGGAAGAGUACGCGACAGCGCACAAAGGUUGGUGGUGGUCGUGUCGGAGAAGCCAGCAGCGCCAUCGAAGCCUACAAGCGCCAGCGCGAAGAAAAGAGUCUCCGUGAAGAGCAGCGCAAGAAGGACGGAUUGGUGAGAAGAGCGGUAUCGCCACGAGACGACUACAGUGAUGCGGAUGCUGAGGGCGAGAGUGACAAUGACUACGACGACCGUCGCUACAAGAGACGAACCCCCACACCACCGAGAGACGACCCCAUCGCCGAACUCGCCGACAUCCAGAGAGCCCGUGUUGGUCGCGACAAUUUUGCCCAAGUUUGCUACACCCCUGGUUUCAAAGAAACUAUCACCGACUGCUAUGCCCGUGUCUGCCUUGGUCCUGGUCGUAAUCCGGGUGUCAACGAAUACCGCCUGUGCUUAAUUAAGGGGUUCACCACCGGCAAGCCAUACGCCAUGAUUGGAUCCAACGGAAGACCAUUCCCCGUCGAUAUGUACAUCAUCGCAGCGCACGGAAAAGCAGAGAGACCAUGGUCAUUCCUCGAAUGCUCCAUGUCUAAGUUCACGGAUGACGAAUGGCGCCGCUACCGAUCUGUCAUGGCCAAUGAGGAUUGCAAGCUCCCUACCAAAGCGUUCAUCAAUUCCAAGCUCGACCAAAUUAAUCGACUGAUCAACCACCGCUUUACUGAAGCCGAGAUUUCGCAAAAGAUCAAGACUCAGAACGAUCUCGUUGAGAAGAUUACCCGUAGCCAAGAGAAGGAGGACCUCAAGGCGAAGAUUGCUGAAGCUCGCGCUGACGGGAAAGAUGAUGUUGCCGAAGAAUUGGAGAACCAGCUUGCCGCUAUUGUGCCUAUGAAACUGGCUUUUGGUACGAGCUUGACCAAGCAAGAUACGGCCUACGUCAACCCUGAACAGGAGCGUCUGGCAGAGCUCAAUCGCCGAAAUCAGAGACUGAAUGCGGAGAAUGUUCGAAAGGCGCAACUUGCAGAGAUGAGGGCCCGCAAGGCGAAGAAGACUCUUGCUCCAGGCGUCGACGAAUUGUUUGAGGGUGGCAGUGAUAUCAGUCGUUCGGGCACACCGGUCAAUGGCUUGGGCACACCGAGACUUGCGGCGUCAGCAAGCAUUUCGCGGACUGCGUCACCCAACCCCCUUUCGCUGGCUAAUGGGACUCCCCGGAGUGCCACCCCCGUCGCUCCCAGCUCCCUCAAACCUGUCAUUUUGCAACAGCAGAAGAAGAGAGGCUUGCCGACCAUUCGCAAGGCAGCCAUGGACGAUGAGAUUAUUGCCAGCAUGGACUUGGGAAUUGACAUCGACAUCGAUAUCUAG